AUGGCUACACCAUUAGAUACACUUGAUUUACCAGAUAUAGAUGAGCAACUUUCAAAUUCGGAACAAUAUGAAGAUGCAAAAGAGGCAAAUACUUAUGAACAAAGUCCUUAUAAGGAAUCCAAUAAUAAUGAAGAUCAUAGAGAUAAAGAAGAAUCAUUACAAGAAUUAGAGAAAAGUAUAACCAAGGAUCAUAUCCCUCGUCAUGAUGUUGUUAAUCCUUCAGGACAUGAAGAAAAUGCAUUUUUCCCAGAAGAAUAUCAAGUAGAGACUGAAACUGGACUUGUCAGAUCUACAACUGCUCUUUCAUUACAGAGAUCAAGAUCAAGAGUACAACCUAUGCAAAGUGGUGAUGAUAAUUCUAAACCUGCUGAACCUAUAAAUACUACGGGGUUAACUAAAGAGAAAUUGGAUAAAGCAGUUGAAAGGAAUAGGAAAUCGUUGGAAAAGAAUAAGAAUGGUAAAGGGUUCUUUCAUAAAUUGAAGAGUAUUUUCAACUGA